AUGGGGGACCAAUACCACCAGAUCCCAGGAGACCAGACUCCUUUGGAGAUCAUUACUCAGCAUGUCAAGCACAAGAACGAUCUGCCAAAGACUGGCAGCGUCCCUUGGCACAUGGCUCCAGAGUUCCCUCACUCGAGCGAACUGAUGUCCAUCGAUCCUGCCCCAUUGCCUCAUCCACCAGCGAACAAGGAUAUAUCUGAGCAUGAUGCCAAGAAUGCCUACCUUGAAUUCCAGUAUCUCACGAAUCGUUUCGAGGGUACUGAGCUUCUUCGGCAAGCUAUCAACUGCUUCAGGAACAAGCCUAGGAUGAUGGAGGAGAACAGAGGCAACUUCUACAUCUAUACACAAGUACACGUUCAAGGCUACUUGCUUGCCAGGUCUGGACCUGCCUGUCGCAUAUCCUUCUCAACGGAGCGCUCAUCCACCAAAGUUGAGUGGAGACAGUCGAACCGGCUCACUGCUGGUACCCUUAUUGCGCUGUCUCCCCGGGAUGAUAACUUCAACACCCAAUGCUAUGUUGCAGUUGUUGCAGCACGAUACAUUGUGGGUGGUCUUGAACCCGACCCUGAGAACAACGAAGAUGUAAACACUCCACCCCGGAUCGAGAUCUUCUGGUCCGACUGCAACACUGCCGUCUUUGAUCCUUCCGUUGAGAUGGUGAUGCUUGAAGCCAAAGGAGGUUAUUUUGAGACUGUUCGUCACGCGAUGGUUGGGCUGCAACACGCCGCAAAGUUUAAUUCCAAGUUUGACAAAUACAUCAUUUAUGAGUCGAACACAGAACACAUGGCCGCUUAUCUUGCAGAUACUCCAGGGCAAACUCCUAGUAUUCCUGGAAGAGCUGAACACCUUGACCCUUCUCAAAGGGAGGCUUUCGAACGCAUGACCCACAAAGAGAUGGCUGUCGUCCAAGGUCCUCCUGGCACUGGCAAGACAUUUACAUCAGUUGUAGCCCUUGAAAGCUAUAUUCAGACUCUCAAAUCUCGACAAAAAGGAACCGAAUAUAUCCCACCUAUUGUAGUUGCUGCUCAAACCAACCACGCUCUUGAUCAGCUUCUAGACCGACUCUCAGUUUUUGAAGCCGUUAUUGUGCGUCUUGGUGGGCGUACAGAAGACGAGGCGAUAGAAGAGCGUUCUUUGUACAAUCUCAAAGCCAACUCACAGCGCCCUCGAGGUGGUAUCGGGGGUGAGACCGCUCGAAAAAAGGUUCUCGGCAGAAUUGAGAAGUUGUUGUCGGAAUGCUUCCCUGCAUUUCUAAUCCCAGCUGAAGAGUUUCUUCGAGAAGGACUCCUAUCGGAUGCUCAGUACGAGUCGUUGGACGAUGACGAGUGGGAAUCUGCUGCUUUGGUCAGUCGUGAUGACGGAACUGAGAUCGAGUCUCGCAUUGCGCACUGGCUCCAGGACUUUAUCGAGACAGACACCACUUAUAAAUAUCGCCCUCCUCAGAAUCAGGCUGAAGAUCCUGCAAAGGAGGAUGCCAUUGACGAAACGCAGCAAGAGAAUCAGAAGGAGAGACUCCAUGGUGACUUCUUUCCCAUGAAGUUCAAUGUCACCGGUGCCCUUCCAGGCGCACUCUCCAAACAAGCCGCCUGGGCCCACCGAGCCCGGAGGAUGUUGAAACAGCACCAAGACCUGUAUAAGAUCAUUCCUCAACAUCGCGGCAUGGUCUAUCGCCUCCUACGAGAAGAACUUAUCCGCGCACGAGCUCAAAAGUUCCCUCAGCUUCUCAAAGAGUACCAGGAAGCCUGUGAUGAUAUCAAAGUCAGCCGAUGGGAGAACGACGUCAAGGUCAUCAAGGAUGAACAUAUUGAGAUCGUGGGUUGUACAACCACCGGACUGUCCAAGUAUCGAGGUAUGAUCUCAGCAUUGAAGCCCCACAUACUGAUGAUCGAGGAAGCGGCCGAAACUCGAGAAGCCAACAUCAGUUCCGCUCUCUAUCCCAGUCUGGACCAGGUCGUACUUGUCGGCGAUCACCAGCAGCUGGUGCCAUCUGUAGAUGUGCGAGAACUCGGCUGUGAGCCCUACAAUAUGCAUGUCUCUCUGUUUGAGCGCCUAGUCAAGCUCAACUUGCCAUAUAGUAUGCUCCGAGUCCAGCGUCGUAUGGUCCCUGCAAUCCGCGAAGUGGUCAACGCGUUCUAUCCCAAGCUCACCGAUCAUUGUUCCGUCUACGAACCAGACAACCGACCUCCUAUACCAGGCAUGGGCGGGAAGAGCCUUUGGUGGUUUGAUCACGAGGGGCAGGAGAUGCAGAAUGCCAACGACUUUUCAUUCUCGAAUCCAGAUGAAGCAGACAUGAUAGUCGGCUUCGUGCGAUAUCUUGUUCAGAACGGCGUGGACCCAGAGCGAAUCACUGUUUUGACUUUCUACAAGGGGCAGGUUACCCUCAUCACUGAGAAGCUUCGUCGGGAUCUAUUUCUGGAACUCAAGAAUCCCUUGAAGAAGUGGUCCGUAAGGACUGUCGAUAGUUUCCAGGGCGAAGAGAACGAUGUCAUUCUGCUAUCGCUAGUUCGAACCGCCCGCCCAGGCUUUACUGGGAAUGAGAAUCGGGCAGUCGUGGCCACCAGCCGAGCGAGAUGCGGAAUGUAUAUCUUCGGCAACUCCCAAACACUCGUGCGAGAAGAGAAUACAGAGGCAUACAGUACAUGGAGAAAAGUGGUUGAUGUAUUUGAAGGCCGCCAGAGUAUCGACAAUUGCCUGCCAGUCACUUGCCAUAACCAUGGGCAACGAACGAACAUAAAGAAUGCCAAUGGUUGGAAACACAUCCCUGGAGGUGGUUGCGACAAAAGUUGCGAGUACACGUGUGCAAAGGGCCAUCCAUGUCAGCUCACCUGUCACAAGUUCGACCAGAGCGAGGUCAAAUGCUUGGAGAAGUGCGAAGAGGUCUUGAAGUGUGGCCACAAUUGCGAAUCGCUUUGUUGGCAAUCUUGCGAGUGCCCCUCACGAUGCGAUGAGCCUCCAAAGAUGAAGUUGGCUGUCAGAACUUCUCCAGUGCCUGCUCGAGCUCCCAAAGCACCUCAUAGACCACGUAACACAGGUUUCGGGGCCAGUAACGGAGUUAUAGCGGGUAGAGGAGGCCGGAACUCCAACAAUAACUCAGGAAGGCCUAACUAUCGCCCUCAGUCACGAAGAAAUCGAACAAUUUUGAAAGGACCCAGCCAUGAGACGUCUCCAACUCGCCGGUUUGAAGCCCAGCCGCCCUCGACCUUUGACGCUCCAAGUUCCAAGGUCCAGACUUCAGCUCACAUGGCGCAAACUCGAAAACAUUGCUUAGAGCCAACCAGUGAACAGAUAAUGGAGGGAGGAUACUAUGCGGAAACGAUCCAGCAAACCCAAACUGCGAAGAAUGCCGUAACGACAACUACCUUCCUGGAGAGCUUCACGGAUGCCUCAAAGGAAAGUUCUCGCCGCAAGAACUGGAGCCCUGAAAAGCUGGCUAAAAAGGAUAAAGAACUCCUGGAGGACGCGAAAGCCAAGAGACGUCAGAAGAGCCCAGCAUCAAUCCACAUCAGCGAGACCUGGCACCGCACAAGAACAUCCGAGAACCUUAAUCGGCAGUAUGAAGAGACAGUUGAAGCACAUUGGUCAAUGAAGUACUCAACUUGCAAAGAGGCCAAGGCCGGCCAGGAGAAUUCUGCUAAAUCGGGCACUGAGAUUGGACUUGAGUCGUCAGUGGAUGAUGGGGUCGAGGAUGACAAGGCCGAAGAUGACGAGGAGGACUUGAUCAGCUUCGAUUGA